AUGAAGCACAGCAAAAUACCAAAGAAGAAUCGAAAGAAGCUGAAGUCCGUGGAUCCGUUCAACAAACAAGGCAACCACAUGAAAGAGAAGGAAAUCUCGAAGAAAAACAACCCGCCAAAGUCUGAUUUGGACGAUCAAUUAAUGCCAAGAGGUCUCAUCGAGAUUGGGAAUGCUCAAGCUAAGCUUGUGCUUGAAGAAUCGAUGCCGACCUUCCCGAAAAAGACGAAAAAGAUUAGCGCUAUUGAUAAGCAGGCUGGAAAGCACGGCUUUCAAAGAAAGCAAUUUGAGGGCGACCGGGCGUUUCUCGCGCGGAUAAAUCGCGAAACGUAUAACAACAUUGCUGAUAUUAAUCUGAAGGCGAAAUUCGAAACGGCUGGACGAGACAAAAAGGAGAUUGACAAGGACUAUGAAGAGGUUGACGAGAAAGUAGCCCGCAAAAAAGAGCUGAAACGGAAAAGGUUUGAGAAGAUCCAAGCCAAGAAAAGGGCUGAGGCGGGACUCGAGCCAGAAGAAAAAGAUGAAGCACCAACCACCAGCGCGGAAGAGCCGCCAGCAAAGAAGUCGCAAAAACCCAAAAAGAAAAAGAGUGGAAAGGAUGAUGAAGGCGAAAUGAUGCUAAAUGCGAGAGAAUUUAUUGCAUUUGGUGAGCGAAAUGAUGCACCUCCCAGUUUUACCUUCAAUAAGGCAUUGAAGAAAUCGAUGGUGCAGAAGAAUGCAAAGGCUGGCGGAAAGGACUUGCUGUUGAACAAGAUGUUUACAAACCGGACUGUCAAGGAGACCGUCUAUGGUGAAGAUACGCAGAAGAAGAAGGCAUACGGAGUGAAUGAAGCCGACCGACUAGCUGUCAUUCAAGCGUAUCGAGAUGCGAAAGCGCGCAGAAGGGUUCAGAAUCCAGACUGGGAAACCCCGCGGUUGGAUUGUUUG